AUGAAAAAAAGUUCAAAAAAAAGUGAUCAUAUGAUUUGUUUGAUCAUUGCAUUAUCCUAUUAUGUUAAAGAACAAUCACAAUCAGAAGCACAUACACAAAGUCAGGAAGAAUCUAUAAACAUCAAUGACGAUGAUGAUGAUAAUAAACAAGAUAGAUCAUACUGGUUAACUAUACUAGAGAAAUGGCAUACCAAGCUGAUGAGAGAAGCCGAAGCACAACUGUUUAUCAAUGAGAAUACCUAUUUGCCAAGCUCACGAUUCACUUUCCAGUCCUAUCAGAUCUUCAAGAAGGAACUAAAGAGUUGUCCAAAGGAAUUGUUGGCGGGCGUUGGCAUUGCCGAGGAACGUGAUAUCUUCUUGAAAGAGACAACCGCCGAACAUUUUGAAACCAAUAUCUAUCGUGUCGGAACUGUAACUCUACAAUCGAUACUCAAUGGAAUCAGAAACAAACACUACUCCAAUGAUUUCAAUGGCUAUAAGAACGAUCUGCUGCUGUCGAUAGGCGAUGUCGGAUUCGAUGAGCGCUCGGAGGAGCUCUCAGAGAGUGCCAGUGAAAUGGUUGCAACAGCGCUGUUGAAGCUGAACCAGAAGAUUCUACUGGAGUUGUUCGACCUACAAACGGCAUUCUCAAAGAAGAGGAGAGUAUCGAAACUGGUGGCAACAUCCGUCAAUGUAUCGGAAUCGAAUCAAGCAAAGACUGAUUCACCUCCCAACCAAUCGGACUCAUCGAAAUCAAAGAAACCAAGAGUUGUCGGUGUAAUGUCUGCCGCUGCCAAAGCAAAACUACAAAAACAAUUGGAAUCAACCGCAAAGAAGAAACUACCAUUCGAUCAACUAAGUGAUCAAGAUAAAGAAAAGUUUAGUUUUGAAUAUAUUAUGAAUGCAAUUGAUACACCUAGGAGAGUGGAGAUUGCAGAGGUUUAUGGGAUGAAUCCAAAUAUGAAAUUGUAUGGCUAUCAGCAAUCUAGUUUGAAUAGGAUGUUGGAGAUCGAGUUGAAUCAAGUGGAGAGGAGCGAUCCUAUGUAUGAUCCGGUGGUGAAUGACGAUGGUGAAGUUACUGGUUAUAAGAAUAUUCUAGAUGGUACGAUACUGGCUGGAACCGCCGACAAACCACCAACUACCAGUUCGUGUAAAGGUGGUAUUCUAUGUGAGGAGAUGGGUACUGGAAAGACAAUCAUAUGUAUUGCACUGAUACUCUCGACACUUGGAAGUCAUGCACAGCCACCGCUAGACGAUGGCAACGAAUGGGUAGUUACACAUCCACCUGCCUACACACAAUACGACAACUAUGGAAACUUACAAACACCAAUCGAUUUAGAUCAAACAACAACAACAACAACAGCAACAACAACAACUAACGAACAAGAUACAAUGAAUGCAAACGCGAUUCUCAAUGUUGGAUCAUCAAAACAUCAAACUUUAUUCUAUCUUUGUGCAAGACAAAUUAGAAUGAAAGGUAUACCUUAUGAAUCACUUGAAUUACCAUUAGAGUUUAUAGAUUACAUUGAAAAGAUACCUUUAUCAUACGGAUAUUUUAUAAAGAGAAGAAUAUCUUUGAGACAUGACUAUGCUCCACAUAUUAAGAAUUACAUAUUCUCUGGAACUACAUUGAUUAUUGCACCCGAUCAAAUACUUUAUCAAUGGGCACAUGAAUUAAAUAGACAUCAAGUAAUUAGAUAUAAAAUGAUAACAAAAGAUCAAAAGAUAUUGAGUUCAGAACAAUUGGUACAGUAUCAUGUCAUUCUGUUAUCACAUAGCAAAAUAAGUAAUACAGAUAGAUCGUGUGAUCCUAUUCUCGGUGUUUAUUGGCUGCGUGUCAUCGUAGAUGAAGGUCAUGUAGUCGGUAACAACUCGACGAAUCUCAGUACGAUUCCGAGAAUCAUUCGAUCGGAACGCCGAUGGAUAGAUGUCAAACUACCACCGCUACACAUCGAUGUUGUACACGUCGCACCAAACACCGAAGAGAAGACCAAAUACAACGAAAUCGUUUAUCAAGUGCAAACCAAUCUUUUAGCAUCACAAUACGAAGGUCCUGACUCACUUUUCUCGGCAAACAACCAACGUUUCGCAAUGGAAGUAUUUACAAAUCUUAGAAAAGCAUGUUUCUUUACAAUGGGUUUAGAUGAAGCACAAAGAUUAAUAUGUAGAGAUGCAGCAACAACAGCAAUUCUAAGAGACGAUACAAUUAUUCCAAGACACGAUAAGCUUAAACUUUUAGAAAUACUAAAGUAUAUGGAAGCUGUAUCCUAUGAUAAGUAUGCUGCUGAUAAAUCGAUAAACAUCAAUUCAUUCAUCUUUUUUAAGAAUGAAACAAACAAUAAUAAUAAGCCAAAAGAAGAUACUACAACAACAACAAACAAUUUUAAUCACGAAAAUGGUAAUCAUGAUACACCAUCAAACAUGGAUCAUGAACCAAUAUCUAUACCUAAUAAUACAACAACUACAACAACCACAAAAGCAACGAAAUCUGUUAGAUUUAAUGAUGAUAUACAAGUAAAAGAGAUACCGAAUCUAAUACAAGAUAAUAAUAAUAAUAAUAACAACAACAAUAAUAAUAAUCAAAAAAGUAAUAAUACAGUAUUGGGUAUUGUAAAUAAUAUAGAUUCAAGUCAUAAGAAUCAAGAGAUCCAAUCAUCAAAGUUAAAUUAUAUUAAGAAGAGAAUAGAGGAAAUAGAUGGUCAAAUCAUUAUAUUUAGUCAAUUCAAUGAAAUGUUGUACGAUAUUAUAUUUAUGAUUAAGAGUGAUAUGCCACAGCUGAGGUUCCUUCAAUAUCAUACCGGUAUCUCAAAGAAAGAGAGAGCAGAUGCCAUUCUAACGUUCCAAACGAAUCAAGACUACAAAGUGAUCGUUAUGAAUACCGAUUUGGCAGCGUACGGUAUCAAUAUUACCAAGGCAACACACAUCCUGAUAGUAGAUCCCAUUAUGAAUCUUGCGAAAGAACGUCAAGCCAUUAAGAGAGCUCAUCGUAUCGGUCAGACCAAGCCUGUCUACGUAGAGAAAUUGGUUACCACUGACAGUGUCGAUGAGGUGAUAACAUCGAUGGUCGAUCGUGACAGAACAGAACAACAGAAACAACAACAACAACAAUCAACAACAACAACAACAACAACAACAACAACAUCUUCAGUAUCAUCAACAACAACAUCAUCAUCAUCAUCUGACCAACAAACUGCAUUCGACUCUGUUAUAGGAACUGUAAAAGAUGAAUUCCUAUUCAAAGAGGAAAAGAAAGAGGAACAAGGCAAGAAAAUUCGUAAUCUUCUAAGAGAUCUAAAACCAAUAUCAAUCAGCUCUGAACCAACUGAUCUUACUUAUGACGAUCUUGAUAGAUUCAUAGAGCAUCAUAAAGCUCAAUCAGUUACUCCAAUGAUUAUAGACUGUCUUGCAAGUGAAAUAGAUUAUAAAUCAAUAAAGGGAUGA